AUGAUGAUUCUUAGUGGACAUCGGAUGGAAUCGAGGCUUAUGGAUGAGAUGGACUUACCUUUCGAGGCCCACAUACCGACGGCGAAUAUGCUGCGCCUUUGGGGUCGCUUUGAGGCACAAGUGGCACAUCAAAAUGCUGCCUUUGCGUUGACAAACAGACAAGGUGGCCUGCACAAGCUGCGGACCCCAGGUUUAAGCCCCACGAUUGCUUUGGUAGAUGUUUUACGAGCGGGUAGCUAUCAACGCAAACCUGUGUUUCCAUGCUACUGGAGUACGCAUGUGGUCGACGUGCUACCAGAAGAUAUCGACGUCGAAGUGUUCCUCACCUCGGAUCGGAGGCCUGGCAUCGGAUUCUUCAAAUUACCUGGUGGCCUGCCGCACUCAGCUGCAUCAGUCUUUGCUGAAAUAGCAUGUCUCGACAGAAUCAUGAGCACUUUCCAGGGGCACACUCCCACCGACGCCGAGUUGGUGACUCUACUCGAUGCACGCUGUGCAACACUGCACCGCCUCUUCUCACUUCCAGCAUGGGACGAGCUGACCUCAGAAGGGCAAGAGAAGCCUCACCGCGCAAUCUACGAAGUAUGCCGGAUCACUGCUAUCAUCUACUGCAACGCAAUCAUUCUGCCCAUUCCACUUCACAAUGGCUGGAAUGACCGAUGCACCGCUAUGCUGGCAGAGCUUCUCACUACUGCCGAUGUUGAGAAGCGGAGUGCCGAUGUGUCAGGGCUACACGUAUGGGCGCUAUUGAUCGGUGGCGUUGCAGCUCAAGGUACUGCUCAAAGGCCUCUUUUCGAAGUCGCGCUCAAGCAGUGGUAUGCUACACAUCCUCAAUCGUGGUCAGCCAUCAUUGCUGGUCUCAAGGAGUUUGUCUGGUCGGAUCAUGCCUGCAAGGUUGCCGGCGCGGCACUCUUGCAUCGAGCACUUUUCGGCGCGGAUGGUAAGGACUCUGUUUGA